AUGGCGAGUAGCGAGGAUGCCUCCGAUUUGGCCAGGCUCUGGGAGGAAGCCAUUGCCGACUUCAAAGGGUCAACAAAGUUGGAUCUCACCCAAUGGCAUUUCAAAUCCAUGGACGAAGCAAUGGACAGCGCAAAACAGCAGUCACAAAACUUCAGCGGCUGGCGACACGACCGAACCAAGGUCGACCAUGUCAGAUCGCUGCUUGGGAAUAACCUCAACAACAUCCAGAAAGUGGUCACUGGUGCAAAGAUGGCGGCUGAUGCCGCAGGGGCCUUUCCUCCCGCUCUCCCUGCCACGUUGCUGAUGACGGCAUUUACCGUGGUUUUCCAAACUUUCAAAGACGUCAAGGCGGACUACGACCGGGUGUGUGGGUUCUACACUCAGAUGGGCUCAUUUUUCGAUCAAAUUUCGAUGGUGGAGAACAAAUCACCCAAGUUGGAACCAUUUGAGCGGUGCAUUCGGAAAGUAUUCAGCGCUAUGUUGACAAUUGCUGGCAUUGCCGCCGACUACAAGUCAAAGGGUCGCUUUAAGAAAUGGGCAAAGAACCUCGUAGACGGAGGAGGCGAUCCCAAAUUGGCCAGUGCUUAUGGUACAAUGGACGAUUCAAUUGUAAAGCUGCAUCAGGCAGUGGGGCUUGCAACAUUAUCGGUUCUUGUGGAUGUUCAGGAGGUCACCACACGUAUCGAGGGCAAGACAGAUCAAGUGCUCGUAUCGCAGCAAGAGAUCAAAGCGAUAAGCGUCGACACGCACCGCGACGUAAGCUCUUUGAGGGAAGGACAGGAAGAGACGCUUGAAGAGAUCGGCGGGCUCCGGCGUGUAAUGAGUACUGGAUUUGAAGAUGUCACUGCUCAAAACCAGCAGCUUCAUGCUGAUCUGAAGAAAAUGAUGGUGGGUACUGACUACUAUUACUUGAGUUGUGCUUGCGUUGACUGACACGACAUUCAUGAAUCCAGAAUGACGCAUUGAAGCAAUCUGCGGCGGAAAGAAAGGUCGAUGCUAAUUCGGAGAAAUCUGGGAAAAGCGAAGUCUCUACUGGAAGCAGGAGGUACAAGAAUGCAAAGGUCAAACGCCAUUUCUCCGAUGGCGCAGAGGCACGCAACUUCGUCCGAGCUCAGCGCGGAGACAUCUCUGAGUCCUUCGUAGAGGGCACCACGAAAUGGAUCUUCGAGGAUGACACGUAUAAGUCCUGGUCAGAGGGAGAAGUACCAGCCCUCUGGCUUGCUGGCGAGGCUGGAACGGGAAAGUCGUUCCUCGCGCAUGCAAUUGCCGCCAAUCUCGAACAACGGCAAAGGGAACACGCGUCCGUCGCGAGUUUCUUCUUCCGGGAAGAUCAAGAUGCAUUACGAUCACUCCGCAACGCACUCCGCUGCGCCGUGCUGCAAAUCGCUGAUUCCAAUCCCGCUUACCUAGAAGUGGUCGCAGCAGAGAUUGCAAAGCAAAGCGCCGAUGACGACCCAUGGUCACAAUUCUUCGCGUCAAGAUUCCCAAGAGAGUCGCAGGCCCAUCUAUACUUUGUUGUUGAUGGAGUUGAUGAAGCACAUGUGGCAGAUCAGGAGGCCAUUGUUGCGCUCAUCCAGCAACUUCCUACCGCAGACCUUAAUAUCCACGUCUUGUUCACAGGUCGGCCAUCACUCGAAACUCUCUUCGCGAAUUCAGCUCCGGUGAGAAUAAAUUUGUCCAAGGAGCGCAUCUCAGCAGAUAUGAAACUUCUUACUGCUGCCCGGAUCAGAUCUCUACCGAGGCUGCGCAAAUUCCAUCGACAAACCAAACGUCAGCUGGAACAGAAGCUCGGCGAGAAGGCAGACAGCAUGCUUUACAUCGAGCACAUGCUUCGAAGGUUCAGCUCAAUCGGUCGAGAAGGCGCGGUUCUGAAGGACCUUAAGAAAGGCAUGCCUGACAGUUUGAAAGAGCUGUACAAGCUGCUGUUAGCAGAGUGUCAAAAAGGGCGAACACACGCGCAAUACGUGACGCUCAAGACUCUCUUUGCAGUCUUGGCGUAUAGCGAGAGGCCUCUUUCGCUGGGCGAGGCAGCUGACCUUGUCACCCUGACCGACCCUGACGACGCCUUCGACAUCGAAGAUGAGGUGAUUGGUCGCUGUGCUCGCUUGUUGGACCUCUCCCAGGAUCAGGACGAGACCGACGACAAUGAACUCAUAUCGGAUCUACAUUCUGAUGGCAACGACGCCAGUGACAGCGAUCACGUGGCCGACGUAUCCAGCGAAAGAGAGAAAACGAGGAUAGCAUUCCAAGAACGGUCUAUGCGCGACUAUUUUCGUGCAGUGAACGUGGAGGAAGAUGGACUACGCACGUCUACGGCGCACAGCCACUUGCUCAUCUUCAAGCUCCUUGUACAACUGCUAUCCGACGAAGCCCCUCAAGAGGUGAUCCAGAAGCCAUGCUUGCACGCAUACGCCGCGAAUUACUGGGCCGAUCACUUUGUCAAAAUAGAUGUGUCGGCGAAACACGUAUCAGAAGUCCUGGGCGGGCUCUCGAGUAUCUUCACCAACGAAAACAACGCGGCUGCGUCCUUUGAGUCGUACAAGGCCCCGUAUUACGACUGUCUGGAGCAGCGUACAGGUUUCUUAGCCAAGUUCGAGUCCUUCCUACAGCUAGUAGAUGUCGUCGACGACCUUCCUGCAACACUGAAGGACUGGGCAGAGGAAUCGUUGAAGGCUCCUCGACGGGUGUUAUUACCGCUAGCGCGAGGUCACAUCAGGUAGCUUGACUGAAGAGUACUCGCCUUAUGACUUUGAUGCUAACCCGUUCAUAGCAAUCAAUUUGACCCUCUCAGUAGGCGCCUGGUGGAGCAAUGCUUUCUCUACUCCCGAUCAGCUCUAAUUACAGCAGGCGUCUUCACGGCGGGGGAAGAUGAGAAGCUGGACAUUGUCAGCGUGCUCGAGUACUUUCCCGACAUCGACAGCAGGAGCGUGCAUGCUCUGCGUGGCAUCGCUCAUGUGCUGCAACGCCGCAACCAACUUGAAUUGUCCGAGGAAUACGCAAGCAAGGCCCUUGCACUCGAUGACCCAAGUCCUCGAAAUCGCUUUAAGCUCCAUUGGAUUUCAAGUUACAAUAAAUAUUUUGCAGGCUACAACGCCAAUGUGGCAGCGGCAGAGUCCACAGGCGGACAUGACACCGAUUCAGAAGUAGAUUCUGGCAAGAAGACCUCUGAGCAGCUACCGCAGCCGGCUGAGACCACGUCAAGCGUUGAUGUAGAUGUACAAGCAGCAUCUGGUGCGGAGCAAAACAAAGUCAACAACCUGUCUCCAGCAACACCCGGCAAAGUCAGGCUAGAAGAGGCCUUGCAGCACACCAAUACUGCAAUGACCCUGUUGCCAGAAGGAUGGAGAGAUGAUGAGAAAUGGGUCGUAUCAGUAGAAUCGAUCUACACGCUCAAAGCCGGUAUUCUCCGGCUUUUACAACGCGAAGACGAAGCUCUGGCAGCCUACCAUGACGCGCGUGCUGUGCGACCUGAAGUUGAUAAUCUUAUGGCUUCCAUUCUCAACGCCAUGCUCAACAUGUGGCAGUGUGACCUUCACGCAGGGGAAAAGUGGGCUGCCGAUGCUGUCCAUCCUGAACAAUACUUUGACAUCAUUGAGUCUUGGACGCUCUCGGAGCGCUUGAAAUGGGUUACGUUCCUCAUAGAAGUGGACCUAAACCAGGGCGCCAUGUCCGGCUGGGCGUUGCAAAAGUGUGCCAAACGAGCUGGUACUCGUGGUCACAGGAUCACAAUCAACGUCUAUGAAGCAUACCUCAGGUCUGUCAGUCGUACGUCUAGCAAAUGGGCGCAGGCCAAGGGCGACCUCGCCCUAAUCUACAGCCUCUCUGUAGGCGACCUGCAGAAGGCUUGCGAUACCGCGAUCGAAGUUCUGAGUGUUGAAUACUCGGAAGACGACACAGAGAACCUGGAGACCGUUCUUUUCAAUGUGCGACAAAACCUCUGCGACGACCUCUUCACCCUUUUCCGCCAGUCCGGCGAUCCUCAGCGGAAGUUGAAGCUCCUCGACACGAUGAUGAAUCUUCCAAUCAUCAAGAUUGGCACUGCAGAUGAUGCAACAGCAAGGGAUGAGGCGGCAAUAAGCUCCUGGGAGGAGCUGAACGAGUCGCCCGUUCUUGUGAUGCAGGCGUUGAUGACCAGGACGAUAGGUUCGCCAGUCAAGUUCCGCGAGAUGAUGGAGAGACUGUUCCAAAUCUGCGUGGCCGGCCUCACUGAUAAAGUUGGCAAUAACGACUCUUCAAGUUUCCGGCUCCUAGCGAAAGCUCUGGCAUGUGUUCCAGGCCUUCAGAGGGAUGCUCAGAUUGCGCUGUCGUGUCAGUACUCUGUCACGGAUCCAGAGGUCGAGCACCCUGACGAGAAUGAAGGACGUGAAGAUGAUGAUGAAGAAGCAGAACAAAGAGCAGAUGAGAGCGAAGAUAAUGAUACUAUUGCUGGCGCUGAUGUCGACGAGCAUCAAGCCGAGCAAGACGGUCCGACAGUCGGAGUUACGGUCAACAGCCAAGCAGUCGAGAUCACACAGCCGCAACUCGAUGAGCUAACGACGCAGCUGGCCGCUGAGGUGGAGAAGUUGACCGUCAAUGGCGAUUCCAUAGGUAUUCCUCCCAAGGACUCACUGGAAUCUCAGGCAUAUGAGGAGAAUGAGGAAGAUGCAGAGAGAGAGGACGAGGACAUUCUGGGAGACCUUCUUCCCGAGUACGAUCGUGGCGCAACGUGCGAUGGCAAUUGCGACUUCUUCGAGAGUGACUGGACUCAAGGCGUUAUGUACAUGUGCGUUCACUGUGCUAAUUGCGACCUGUGCGAGGAUUGCUAUGAGGUAGGCUUCUCUUUCAGAAUACGAAAUGGGACCUACGGCGACUAACAUCUAAAACAGAAACGUAUGGCCUGGAAUCGAGGGGUACCUAACACAAUACAUUGGACAGACUGGUGUGGCCAGGACCACGCGUACGUCAAAGGCCCGGUGGAAGGCUGGCGAGGUGUCAAGAAUGGCGUUAUUCGCAUCGGCGAGGAAGAAGUUGAAUUCAAGGAAUGGCUUCGCUUGCUUAAGGAAGAGAGGUGGCCUAAAGCUUGGGAGGACUUCUGGAGGGGUGAGAGUUUUCUCCGUGCAGGAUCCUGA